AUGGGGAAUUCUGGUUUUGACCCACAGAAUGCUGCUCAAAACGAGGCUAACGGUGAAGAAGAAGACGACCACCAAAUACUUGUCCUUGUCAAUUCUCCAACCCUCCAAGACUUGUAUCUUGAUGCUGCUGUACAACCACCAUUUGAUGAAUCCAGCAACAAGGAAACCCAUCCUGCAAUAUUGCCUUCCUCCCUCGCCCUCCUCAAACGCUUCGGAAGAAGAUUCAGUAAACUAAAGGGACAAAAAAAGACCAAUCCCAGACGUAAAAGAGCAGAAGAAUCGGAUAAUCCCUCCAAGAAGCUCUCCACCGAUGCAAUAUUACGCCUGGCUGGGCAUAACUUCAUCCAAUCAUUUUCCCAUCACGAUAGUACUUUCUUCUUGGGACUUUCGGAUCAAGAUCGUAAAGAUGUAGAGCUGGUAGGAUACCUUCUUUCUGCUGCCGAGAAAGUGGGGCAAUCCGACUAUGAUUCCGCAGAAAUUCUACUCACCAGAUGCGAUGAACUAAGUUCCCAUCAGGGGAAUUCUGUGGAGAGACUAGUCCACUAUUUCUCCCAAUCUCUCUGGGCAAAAAUCUUUUGCCAAACAGAUUCCAGCUCUCUGUUCUUCCAACAAGAUCUUGAAGAAGCACUCAUGAACCUACGGCCCUGCAUUGCUUACCAUCAAAAAGUACCCAUCACUCAGGUCUUCCAAUUCACCAGCAUUCAAACCGUGAUAGAGCACGUAGAGGAUGCAAGAAAGGUGCACAUCAUUGAUCUUGAGAUUAGGAGUGGGGUUCAGUGGACAAUUCUAAUGCAAAGCUUCGCCGAAUCCCCCUGCCCCGAGCAUCUAAAGAUUACUGCUCUGCAGGCAAAUAAACACCACUCCAAAAUCGAGGAAGAAACGGGCAUGAGAUUAAGGAGCUUUGCCCAGUCCUUAAACUUGUGUUUUUCGUAUAACCUAGUGGCUUUAGAUGACCUGCUAAAUGAUAAUAAGGAAAUUAGCUUCUCAGCCCUCUCUGGGUUUCAGCCAGAUGGUGAAGAAAAAGAACAAGAAGAAGAAGAGGAAGAAACAGUUAUAGUAUACGCAAGUUGCUUUUUCACAACAAUGAUUUCAAAGCAAGAAAAGAUGGAGUCUUUAAUGAGGGUGAUCAAAAAUGUGAACCCCAGGGUGAUGUUCCUCACAGAAGUGGAAGCAAACAUGAAUUCCGUGGGGUUUGUGAACCGUUUCACUGAAGCCCUCUUCUACUACGGGGCGUAUUUCGACGCAUUGGAGGAUUGUAUGAAGAGUGAUGAAGCUAAUAGGACAACAAUGGAAGCGAAACACUUCGGACAGGGAAUAAGGAACGUAGUGGCAAGUGAAGGGGAGAGUAGGGUGAUUCGACAUGUGAGCAUAAAGGUGUGGAGAGAGUUCUUUGUGCGGUUUGGGAUGGAGGAGAUGGAGCUAAGCACGCCUUCUGUGUAUCAAGCAACUCUGGUGUUGAAGAGAUUUGGUUGUGGGAAGAGUUGCACACUUGACAUGGAUGGGAAGGCCUUGACUGUUGGGUGGAAAGGAACUCCUCUUCUCUCACUCUCUGCUUGGAAAUUUCUUUAG